GGAGGAUUUGGGAUUUAGGGUUAGGGUUAAGUGUUUUCUCGUUUCAUGGGCGGUGUGGGAGUUUAUGGUGGUGGUUUGUGUCGGUUAUGAACGUUGACCAAUGCCAGUGGCGGAAGAAGAUGAUGGGUAGGGGAGUGGACGGAGGUUGUGGUGCUGAAGAGAAGCCUUAUCGCCCAUUUCGUAGGGCUGCGUUAGAUAAGGAGAAUGGGAACAAGGGCUUUGAGGAUAUGGGUUCGUUGGAAAUCGAUUUCUUAGCUCAAGCUAGCAAAAAUCUUUCUGAGAGGUCUCCAUAUGAUGUUCCUGAAGAUGGUUCUACUUCUGGGUUAAGUGUUCCUACUCUACCCAUUGCUUUAGCUAAUUUGCUGAAGAACCAUUCGGAUAACAAGAAACGGCAUAAGAAGUCUCAUUCUGGCGCGGAUAAGAAGAAGAAGAAGUCUUCUAGGCAAGGGGAUAAGUUGAGAAGUGGGAGUAUCUGGCUUGAACAUGAGGACUACUUUAGGCGCUUAGAUUUUCCUGAUUUAGAAACUUUGUCAGAUUUAGCAUCUCUACGAUCUUUAUCUUCUAGAAAUUGCUUUUCAAUUCCAUCUGUUGAAUACGAGUCUAUUAGUAUUCAACAGAGGGAAACCGAUGCGAGUGCCAAGAAUGAGGAUGUUGUUUGUGGAGAUGGCGUUGUUCUGCAACAAAUUAAGAACCUUCUCAGUAAAGAGAUAUCUGAAGGCACAGUAAGAAAAGAAGAGGAUGUUGUUCAGCCAAUGGGUGUUGACAAUGUGGGGAAUGGAAUCUCCUCUGGAUCUGACUAUUCUGGUAGUUUAGAAUGGGUUUUAGGUAAUAGAAAUAGGAUUUUGUUGACAUCAGAAAGGCCCUCCAAAAAGCGGAAGCUUCUUGGUGGUGAUGCAGGUUUGGGGAAAUUAAUGGUUGCGGCUCCUUGUGAAGGGAAUGCAUUGUUAUGUGAUUUUUGCUGCACUGGUGAUGCCAAGGAAUAUCAUCACCAGUUGAUUGUUUGCACUUCCUGCAAAGCUACAGUUCAUAAAAAAUGCUAUGGCCUGCUUGAAGAUUCAGAUAAAUCUUGGUUGUGCUCUUGGUGUGAGCUGGAGAAUGGUCGUAAUGAUUCUGGAAGACCAUGCUUGCUUUGUCCAAAAAAGGGUGGCAUUCUUAAACCUGUUCUCUCAAAAACUGAGAAUGGUGGGCCGGCGGAGUUUGCUCAUCUGUUUUGUUCUCUGUGGAUGCCUGAGGUGUAUAUAGAAGACUUGAAAAAAAUGGAGCCCAUCUUAAAUUUGCCUGGAAUAAAGGAAACCCGGAGGAAGUUAUUGUGUAACUUGUGCAAGGUGAAAUCUGGUGCUUGCAUUCGCUGUUGUAAUGGAACAUGCCGAACAUCUUUCCAUCCUAUAUGUGCAAGGGAGGCAGGGAAUAGGCUAGAGGUCUGGGGAAAACAUGGGUGUGAUACUGUUGAACUGCGAGCUUUCUGCUCGAAGCAUUCAGAUAUUCAAGAAUGUGGAAAGUCCGUAGAGGGAGGAGAAAGUAAUGCAGCUGAAAGUCGUUCUCCUAUAUGUCAUCUUCCAUCAGAAUCUGUUAGAGAAGGUCACCUAAGUAAUGAUGAGAUGGGAGUUGACGUAGGAACACCGGGUACAGACAAUGUAGAAUCAGGGAUGACUGGGAGAAGCAAUGAAGAUGAAAGAACUCUGUCCAAGUCUCUUAGUUUUGGAUUGAUUCUGAAAAAGUUGAUCGACCUGGGUAAAGUGGAUGUAAAGGAUGUGGCUGCAGAGAUUGGGAUUAAUCCUGAUGCUUUGAGUGCCAAACUUAAGGACGGAGACUUGUUACCUGAUUUACUAGGCAAAGUAGUUAAAUGGCUUAGCCAGCAUGCACACAUGGGUUCUUCGGAUAAAGGCAAAAAUUUAAAACCUAAAGCUAAUGGAUCAGUUUUGAAGAAAGAAGGAAGUGUGAGUUUGGCACCUGAUCAUUCUCCCGAAGAACCGAAUUCAAAAGUGCUUGAUCAGGAAGUUCAUCAUGGGAAAAGUUCAGUUCUUCCUUCUGAUGAUCAUGGAGAACAAUCAAACUCCAGUUCUUCUGGAGUCAUGCUGGAGAAUGCCUUUUCCUUGGGGCCAAAUAGUUCUCAGAAUCAUGGAAAUUUGAACUGUCCAAACCCCAUUAUCUUGGAUCUCUUCGAUCAUGAAGCAUAUCCUGGUUUCAAACCUCAUCCUUAUAUCCACAAAGAAUUGUCAGAACUGGGCAAGGGACAGACCCUGAAAAGCAGCACGGAUUCUGAUGUGGCUAGGAUGACAACCAAAUUUGAUGGCUCUGAAGAAGGAAACAAACAUCUGCAGGGUGCUGGCGAUCACUCUAUCUUUCGUAAUCACCAAAAUCAGAGUGCAGAGACAUUUCGUCAGUUAUCUAAAGCUAGGAAAUUGGGCAUAUUGGAUCUGUCUCCUGAAGAUGAAGUGGAAGGAGAACUUCUAUAUUAUCAGCUUCAGUUACUUGGCACUGCAGUUUCAAGAAAGCAACUAUCUGACAAUUUAGUCUAUGAAGUUGCUAAAAAGCUGCCUCUGGAAAUUGAUGAACAACAUGGACGAAGAUGGGAUGAUGUUCUGGUCAACAAAUAUUUCCAUGAUGUCAGGGAAGCAAGAAAGCAAGGUAGGAAAGAGAAAAGACACAAACAAGCCCAGGCUGUUCUAGCUGCUGCUACUGCUGCAGCGGCGACAUCUUCUAGGAAUACAUCGCUUAGGAAAGAUAUGUCAGAAGAACCUGCACAACAAGAGAUGAGCACUUCUAGACGUAAAGUUGCUGGCAGCUCUCACCUAGUGCCACAGACAAAGGAAACACUUUCAAAGAUGACUGUUUCUGGACCACCUUCCGAGAAGCGGUCUGAUCAUCGCACACCAGACUUUUCAGUAGAAAAUCCACGAACUUGUGACAUCUGCAGGCGCUCCGAAAAUAUAUGGAACCUGAUUGUAGUGUGCUCUAGUUGCAAGGUUGCUGUUCACAUGGAUUGCUACAAAUGUGCUAAAGAAUCUACUGGUCCCUGGUACUGUGAGCUAUGUGCGGAGUCAUCUUCAGAACCUUCUUUCAAUUUUGGGGAAAAACAGAAUUCUUCUACAGAAUGUACUCUGUGUGGUGGCACAACUGGGGCUUUUAGGAAAACUACAAAUGGGCAAUGGGUACAUGCUUUUUGUGCUGAGUGGUCCUUGGAGUCAACGUUCAGAAGGGGACAAAUAAACCCUGUGCAGGGAUUGGAGUCUCUGGCCAAGAACACGGACACUUGUUGUGUAUGCCAACGGAUAUAUGGUGCAUGCAUUAAGUGUAGUUAUGGUAACUGCCAGACGACAUUCCACCCCUCCUGUGCCAGAAGCGCGGGUUUUCAUAUGACUGGAGGUGGUAAACAUCCGCAUAAGGCGUACUGUGAGAAGCAUAGCAUAGAGCAGAAGGCAAAGGCCGAAUCUCAGAAACAUGGGGCAGAGGAGCUGAAAAGUCUCAAACAUUAUAGGGUUGAACUUGAGAGGUUACGCCUUCUGUGCGAGCGGAUAGUCAAGAGGGAGAAAUUAAAGCGAGAGUUGGCUAUUUCCUCACAUGAAAUACUUGCUGCCAAAAGGGAUCAUGCUGCACGUUCAUUACAUGCCCGCAAUCCAUUUUCUCCUCCAGAAGUAUCGUCGGACUCAGCGACAACAUCAAUAAAAGGUCAUCCUGAUAGUAAUAUAUCUGGCAGUGAAGCAAUACAGAGGUCAGAUGAUAUCACCAUUGACAGCACAGUCACUGAUAAGCGCCGAGGCAAAGGUCCCAUACUAAUGGACACGGAUCAGAAAACCGAUGACAGUGCUACUUCCAAGAGUCGGUUUUCCCGUAAGCCAACAGAAAGACAGAUCUUAUCUGGGAAAACUGUUCCCCGCAAACAUUGUAUAGUGUCACCUAGUGUUUCAGAGGAUGGAGAUAACGGGUCAAAGCCCAAGAAGCAGCAUGUAGAAACAUUUGCAAAAGAGCUGGUGAUGACAUCAGAUGAAGCUUCUUUCAAGAACCGGCGGCUUCCAAAGGGAUACUUCUAUGUUCCUGUUGAUCAUCUUCAGGAAGACAAACCGGGAAACCAGAAGCUGGCUUCAUCUGACAAGCCAGCGGACCAGAAGACAUCUUCAGGUGAUCAGUCAGGUAAAGACGACGGGUAAAAGCUGAGAACAGACAUUUUGGGCUCAUUGCUCCUACCUUAAUUAGAUACUGGCCAUGGUGGACAUUGCCUUCUGCGCCCUAACCAGGAUUCACCAACUGGCUUAAAGAAAAAAGAACAGAUGGUAUUGCUACAAAAGAGCUGUGGCUGCAACUGAGAAUCAGCUAAAAAAGCUAUUGUGAAGCUUUUGGGUACUCAAUACAAACUGUGCCUAUUG